GUUUAUCGUUUAUCGUUCGCGGUUUGGCGCUUACCCCGGCCGCCAGUCCGCCGUUUAUCGUUUACCAAUGAAUCGUGCCCGACGGAAUACACCCAGACAAGCGCAUACGUGACACUCACCCUAGGGAAGGGCUUGUAGGGCAGGCGGCUCAGAUAUAAAUACGAGAGAACAUGCCACCGGUAAAUUUCUUUCAGAUGGCAAUCAGACCAGCCGAAGGAACCAUACUCAAUCAUCCAUCGUUCACGCGUACAGCCCUCCUUCAUCAUGUCGUCUCUAGCCCAGGCGAUCGAAGCUACCACACGGGGAUUCUUGCAAAGCUACGUCAACGCCAGCGAAACAAAGUCCAUGGACGCUUUGACUGCUCAUGUCACCGAUGAUUGCCGUCGAUACAUUGGACCGCCCGCAUUUCUUAAAGCGAGAGGCGCACCAUCGGACUUCUCAAUGUCAAACGAGGAAUACGCGGCAGAGUUCAACGGCAUGGAGCACUAUAGCUUUGAAGACCACGUCAUGUACGACCUUAUUGUCGACACGCAAAACCGGCGAGCGGCGGCACGAAGCGAAAUUCUGAUCAAAUUCAACAGCGGCGAGACCGCCAGUCGGAAUUUUGUGUGGUUCCUGGACUUCAACGAAGACGGAAGCAAGAUUGUGAAGAUUUACGUGCAGCUUGAUGUUGAAGAGGCGAACAAGUGGAUAGAAGACAUCAAGGAUCUAAAGACAGACAUCAAGAAUGCUCGUCCUGAGUAGUGGCAUGUUCAAUUGGCGCUAUGGGGCUGUCAUCAAAUUGUCCAGAUAUAUGCGAGUUUAAGGUAGU